ACUACAGUACCCGGCGGGCCACGGGGAGGCGACGGCGGCGCAGGGCUGUUCGUGCCUGCUUUGCGGGAACUCGGCGCUGUGGCGGCGGGGGAAGCGCGGGGAGCGGAGCCCCGUAGGGAGGCCUCGGUGUGCGUCUCUCGGGAGUCAAGGAGCAAGAGGCCGCUCGAGCCUUUCCCCGCUUCGCUUCACCUCUCGCGGGGCUUUGAGAGAAACCCGGGGCGGGCCCGGGCCCAGCAAGGCUGCGCGACCCUCCAAGCGCCAGGCUGGAGCGGGGCAGGAAGGCGAGCCGGGAGCGGGGCAGGAAGGCGGUGCCCCCCCGCCGGCCGGGAAUGUGCCCGCAGGCGGCCCCCGGCCGAGUCAGGGCCGCCCCCCGCGCGCCCGGCCCUCACAACGUUUGCCGCGUCCUCGCCCGCAGGGCCCACGGCUUCUAUGCCAGGGAUGCUGGUGUCGCCCACAGGAAAAACCUGGGACUCCUCAGGAAGAUCAUGUGUCAGGAAAGUACUAAAUUCAAGAACGUUUGGACAACUCAUUCUGCAUCUCCUAUUGCAUAUGAAAGAGGAAGAAUAUACAUGGAUAAUUACCAGUGCUGUAUUAGCAGCAUUGCACAAGCCCCAAGAAUACUUUAUCAAAAGUCAAAGUGUGCUAAGUCAGAAAAAAUAGAAGAUGCUUUAUUAUUGGAAUGCCCACUGGGGGAAAUGUUACCAAGUCCCUCAGAUUAUAAAGCUUCCCUGAUAGUCUUGACGGUGCAGAACUGGCUUCUACGUCUCUCUGCUGAUAGUGGAGAAGUACUGGAAAAAAUAUACCUUGCUGGUUCCUGUUGCAAGUCCUUCAGGUAUCUGAGCUGGGAUACUCCUCAAGAGGUAAUGGUUGUAAAGACAAUUCAGAAUAAGCUCCCUGCAGCAGCACGGCAGGCAGGAAUACAACAGUCUGUAUUGUUUUAUCUUGCUGUAUUCCAAGUUUUACCUCUUUCUUUCAUUGGAAUGCUAGAAAUAAACAAAAAGAUAUUUGGUAAUAGUGUGACAGAUGUUGCUGUUUCUAAUGGAAUCCUGAUUGUAAUGUAUAGUGUGGGUCUGGUCAGACUCUAUAACUUCAAGGCCAUUUUGGAACAGUUCAUGGAACAGCCGUUUGAUUUGGGACAAGAAUUCAACUGGAAUGGUCAGGUGGGAGUUGUAGGAAAGUAUCCAUUUGGUCUUCCAUGUAACAUUAAAAUAACAGAUACCCCACCUUUGCUAUUUGAAGCAUCUUCUCUGGAGAAUGCAUUUCAAAUUGGAGGUUACCCUUGGCAUUAUAUCAUCACACCUAACAAGAAAAAACAUAAAGGAGUCUUCCAUAUUUGUUCUCUGAAAGACAAUACUUUGGCAAAAAAUGGCAUACAGGAUAUGAAAUGCUGUUCACUUGAACCUGACUGGAUAUAUUUCCAUCCAGAUAUGUCAGGUAGAAUAAUCCACGUGGGACCAAAUUUGAUAAAAGUCUUGAAGCUUAAGGAAGUUAAAAAUCGUACAGAUCAGAUGGAGAUUGCAGAAGAUUUUACGAUUGUAGCCAACAGAGAAAACUGUGUGAACAACACUGUUACUGUAACAGCUUCUGGUCGAGUGGUGAAAAAGCGUUUUAACUUGCUGGAUGAUGACCCAGAACAAGAGGUAACUGAUGCAACAUUCAAAAUCGUGGAUUAUGAAGAUGAACUGGAUUUAUUAUCCACUGUGGCAGUUACUCAGAUAGGAGCUGAUGGAAGAGCUCACCUCGAUUUUCAUUGUAAUGAACAUGGGAUUCUCCUUAAGAGUAUUCCAUUCCGGGAGUCCUGGGAUGUGACUUACAGUCAUGAAGUUUACUUCGACAAAGACCUUGUAUUACAUAUAGAACAGAAGCCUAACAGGAGAUUCAGUUGUUACGUUUACCAAAUGGUCUGUGAUACUGCAAAAGAUGAUUAAUGUUCAAGCCAUGAAAAAACAGAAAGUGUUUUGUAAAAAAGGAGGGAGAACUUUUGAAUAUAUUUAAACCAUAACAACUACAGAGACUUCAGUUUGGAUGUUAUUUAAGGACUCCAUACAUAGAGAGUAGUCAGCUACUGUUUUUCUGGCAGGAUUUAAUCGUAACAUUUUGUACUGCUACAAGAGGUUUGGGGUUCUUUUUUCUUUGUAACACUGUACACUUGCCUGUAGUCCAUAAUGGCUCUUCAUGUAUUCACCAGUUCAUUAAUGCUAGGUGCAGCAUUUAUUGCUUCUCUUGAGCAAUAGGAUUGAAAUACUGGACAUCAAGGAAAAAGAUGUGGACUUACUGAUUAUCUGCCAUCUGCCGUGAUCUGUCUUACAUAGUUUUACCUAUGCAACUCUAAUAUAGACUGUCAAUUAAACAAAGUAUAUAAAACUGUCUAGGAUAAAUUUUAUAUGUAGCAUGAAAAUUGCAGUGUUACCAUUAAACCACUUAGACAAAAACCUUCUCUUGCUUUUGUGUGAGAAAUAAAAUCAAGCAGGUUUUCUGGUUGUGUA